AAAAAACCAGGAUAAAUCAGCUCAUCCAGGGGCCAUCGGAAUUCCGGAAUUCUGGGAUUUGUUGCCUCGGCUGGGUCACCAGGGCCUGUCCCUCGUGUGCUUUGUUGCAGACACGGAUGCAGAGCCUGCAGCCCGACCCCAGAGCCCGCUACAGGAGUGUGUACGAAGCUCUCAAGAAGAUGGUGCUGACCGAGGGGCUCUGGAGGCCUUUACGUGGGAUUAAUGUCACCAUGCUGGGGGCUGGCCCUGCCCACGCCUUGUACUUUGCCUGCUACGAGAAAAUGAAAAAGUCUCUCAGUGAUACUUUCCAGCCGGGAAGAAACAGCCACUUGGCCAAUGGCAUCGCUGGGAGCGUGGCCACGCUGCUCCACGACGCUGUGAUGAAUCCAGCUGAAGUGGUGAAGCAGCGGCUGCAGAUGUUCAACUCUCCGUACACAUCAGUGCUGGGCUGCAUGCGGACAGUGCACAGGACUGAGGGCUUCAGAGCCUUCUACCGCAGCUACACCACGCAGCUGACCAUGAACGUGCCCUUCCAGGCCAUCCACUUCAUCACCUACGAGCUCCUGCAGGAGCGCCUCAACCCUCACCGCCAGUACAACCCCCGCUCCCACAUCGUGGCCGGCGCCGUGGCCGGAGCUGUGGCCGCCGCGGCCACCACGCCACUGGACGUGUGCAAGACACUGCUCAACACGCAGGAGAACAUGGCCCUGAGCUCCCUAAACAUCCGGGGGCACCUGUCGGGCAUGGCCAACGCCUUCGGCACCGUUUACCAGCUGGGAGGCCUCCCCGGCUUCUUCAAGGGCGUCCAAGCUCGGGUCAUUUACCAGAUGCCCUCCACGGCCAUCUCCUGGUCCGUGUAUGAGUUCUUCAAGUACUUCCUCACCAAGCGCGCGCUGGAGAGAAAGCCGGCCUCGUGAGCGAGGAGCGGGAAUCUCCUGUGCCCCCUCUCAGCCAGCCCAUGGAAUGCUGCUGGGUUCUCCUCUCCCUGCCUGGCCAUUCCCGGUCACUGAGUGUGCUCAGGGAUUCCCGUGGGGCUCCCCAAGGAUUCCCAGUCAUUGAGUGUCCCCAGGGAUUCCUGGGAUUCCUGGUCACUCAGUGUCCUCAGGGAUUCUGGGGAUUCUCAGCAAUCCCGUGGUGCUCCCCAGGGAUUCCCAGGAUUCCCACUCACUCAGUGUCCCUGGGAUUCCCAGGAUUCCCGCUCACUCAGUGUCCCUGGGAUUC